GGGCCCCCCCAGACCUGGGCCGCGCGGCCCAAACGCGAGGCCCGCGAUCAGGGGUUGAGCGGAGUCCGCUCGGGACCAGGGAGCACUCCCCGGGCCCCCGGGACACCUGCCUCGCCCUGACCCCCAGUGCUCAGGUCACACACAACCGUCUGCCUGGCGACAGGGCCGUGGGCUGGGGGGCCCAACUGUAAAAGACUGGACGCCUUAGAAGCCGCCCUGGGAGGGACGCGGUGAAGUCAGAAAUCCCGUGACCGCGCCGUGCUUUCGUCGGGGGUGUAUGUGGCGGGUGCUUCGUCCUGGCAAAAGUGGAGUGUUCACCUGCCCCUUACCUGUGUCAGGUGUGCACCUGGCCAGGCGGUCCCCGCCCCGGGAGGCGGGACCGAGCCAAGGGCGCUCUUCCUCUUCCUGGGGAGGUGUCGGCCGCUCGAGGGGCGCCGGAGGACCAGGCUCUGGGGUCACAAUGAAUAAUCCCAUACCUUCCAAUCUGAAAUCGGAAGCAAAAAAGGCGGCUAAAAUUCUAAGAGAAUUCACAGAAAUAACUUCCAGAAAUGGACCUGAUAAGAUCAUUCCUGCCCAUGUAAUUGCUAAAGCCAAGGGUCUUGCGAUAUUGUCUGUGAUAAAGGCUGGAUUUCUAGUAACUGCUAGAGGAGGCAGUGGGGUCGUGCUGGCGCGUCUUCCCGAUGGAAAGUGGUCUGCACCGUCAGCCAUCGGCAUAGCUGGGCUUGGUGGAGGGUUUGAAAUAGGAAUUGAGGUAUCAGAUUUGGUAAUAAUUUUGAAUUAUGACAGAGCAGUAGAAGCUUUUGCAAAAGGUGGUAACCUGACACUUGGAGGGAAUUUUACUGUGGCAGUUGGGCCCCUGGGAAGGAAUUUGGAAGGAAAUGUUGCCCUACGGAGCUCCGCGGCCGUCUUCACGUACUGCAAAUCUAGAGGACUCUUUGCUGGUGUAUCUCUAGAAGGCAGUUGUUUGAUUGAAAGGAAAGAAACUAAUCGGAAGUUUUAUUGUCAAGACAUCCGAGCUUAUGACAUUUUAUUUGGAGACAUGCCGCGGCCUGCUCAAGCGGAAGAUCUCUAUGAGAUUCUCGAUUCCUUUACUGAAAAGUAUGAAAAUGAAGGACAGCGAAUCAACGCAAGAAAAGCAGCAAAGCAACAGAGGAAGCCUGCUGCUAAAGAAUUACCUCCGAAACCAUUGUCAAGACCACAGCAGUCAUCUGCACAAGUCCCGCUGAACUCUGGCUCCCAAAGUAAUGGAAACAAAUAUAAGCUGUACCCUGAACUUUCCAGCUAUCAGGAGAGAGUUGCCUGGUUUCAGUUGUUUGGAGCCCAGUUCUGGCCAUCCUUUCCCAGGUAAUUCCCUUCAGGGAGUGGAUGCAGAGGCCUGUGUUCAGAGCCAGUCUGAUGGCCUGGGCUUGACUUUGGGAGAGUGCUGUGCUGUGGUCUCAGGCAUAGUGAAAAAACCCUGACAGGUUUAAAAAAAUGUAUUUUGUUCUUGAAAAUGUGAUUUACAGCCAUGGUAGAGAUUACUGAGAGUGUUAAAUGUGACCUUUGGACACAUCCUUCGGAAGCAAAAGGGGUCAACAUAUAAAUGUUUAUGCCCAAGUAGCAUAAACAUCUAAGACUUUAUAUUGUGGUCUUUUACUUUUAAAGACUGUUAGAAUUAGACCCAUACUUAGGUAUCCUGCAAUUAAAGGGGUUCUUACAUUUGAGGUCAACAGACAAGCUGAGUUGCUUGGGGAGGGGGGCCCAGCAGGGACGCUGAGGGACAAGGGAUGACAGACGCUGUAGACUUAGCAAGGGGUGCUUAGUAAGGUGACAGUGGGGACUGCAGCCCUUUCCUAGAUUUCUCUAGAGCUCACGCCCAUAGCCCAGGUGCCUAGAGAAUGUUAGAAAUACCCCCCAAAAGGCACGGAGGGAAGUGUCAAGUUAUAAGAAACAAAACCCUGAGUGGGCUCUGGAAGGAGACUCAGACUUGAAUUCAAUACUUUCAUCACUAGCUGUGUGAUCCAAGGAUAACGUUACCGGCCCGUGGUUGGUUGGUUGGUGGGAUUUUGUUUUUAUAUUUGAGGGUAGGAUGAGUUAAGGUGUACAAACAGUGGGCACUAGGUUAGUAUUAAUUUAUUUUGUCCUUUCUCCAAAUAAAAGUUUUUGAAGAAAAAAAAAAUGAAAGGGAAGGCUUAAAGUCUAUUUUUAAAAUAAAACUUACUUCACAUUAUUGUGUGUUUAAAAAACAGCCGUGAAACCAGUUAAACUCUUGCCAAGGACCUUCUCACAUCCUGGCAGAGCAUUCCUGGAGAGAAAAGUCACAAUGCACAGGCCUGAGCUGAGGUUCAAGCCCAUUCACCAGGACACCCAGGCCCCCUCUUAGCCUGUCCCAUGCCCACCGACAAGCUGUAGUUCUGCAUGGGCUGCUGGGCAUAGCAGUAGUUUCCAAGCUGCACGUACUUCUGUUUCGCACCCUUUGGAGGCUCCGGCUACGUGCCGCUUGGGCCUGACACGGAGACAACCGGGAAGGUCCACAGUCUCUGCAACAGGCUGUGUCCUUCGACGUCAGUAUCCAUUGCCUGCCUCCUAUCCACCCAGUAGUUUGCAGUGACAAUCUGGGCACACCCAUUGCAGGGGCCACCCUGUGCUGCGUGGAUGGCCAGGAGCGCCCCGGAACUAAGUCUCCGGAUGCCAGUAGCACCCCCCCCGAGUCGUGACAACCACAAAUGCCCAGACAUUACCUUUUGAGAACUGCAUGUCUGGUGACCUCACCUAGUGGCCUCAUCUGCCUCACUCACCACUGACUCUGACUCUUCUCCAGAGACCAUGGUCCCCAAAGUGACAGACCCCACACCUGGCCUGGGGCGAUGUGGGUGUGAGAGUUAAAUCAGCCAUGCAAUUCCUCACUACAUUAAAUGUGUCACAAAACCAAAGAUGUGUUCUCCUACUUCUGCCUGCCUUGAAAUGGACCUUCCAAAGGCUGAGAUUCCUCUCCUGAAUUAUGUCUGGGGCCAGAUGUAUUUAUUGGCUGCAUAUGGCUUACAUUAUGCAGACUCCCAUCAGAAAGCCACUGGGAGUAACUAGUGAAGUCCUGUAGACCCAGUCUUGCUAAUUAGGAGCCUCAGGGCAGCUGCCAAUCACUCAAGCUGAUUGUAAUCUGUUUCCUGUUAAGGGUAGUCCUGAUUUGGGAGAGAAAAAUAAGCUGUAUUUGAAUUAAACUUGAAUUAUGAUGAAAAUGA